UUUCAACUUGCCUCGAGUGGCUCGAUCGAGAGUCGAGUCUCAGAAAUCUCGCAUCAUAAUUUUAAUUAUCUUAAUUUUAGGCCUGCGUUUACAACGAAAAUUAAUUUUUGUAAAAAAAUUUCAGCAUUUAAUUUGCCCUGGAAGAAUUUUUAAAUCAACAAGGUGCAACGUGAAGGGAAAUAAUUAAUAUAGCAAGUAGAAAAACAUAUCAAUAAUGGCCGCGCUUAUUAAAGAUGUGAACCUUGACAGUGUUAAGGCAAAGCCGCUAACGCUGAAGAUUCACUCGGAUUACAUUGCAGCUUAUGGGGAGAACAAAGAGGAAUAUGAAUAUUGCAUGACCGAAUACUUACGAAUGUCCGGCAUUUACUGGGGCCUGACUGCGAUGGCUUUGAUGGCUGAUCUGGACAGAAUGAAGAAGGAGGAAAUUUUGGAAUUUGUGCGUUCCUGUCAGGACCCAGUAAGCGGAGGUAUCAGCUCUAGCCCUGGCCACGAUCCUCAUCUCCUGUACACACUUAGUGCUCUCCAAAUACUUAGUAUCUACGAUGAGAAACUAAGUGAUCAGGAGGCAGACAAAGUGGUUGGCUAUAUCAAAUCGUUGCAACAACCCAGUGGCAGUUUUGUCGGGGAUAAAUGGGGUGAGGAAGACACUAGGUUUUCAUUUUGUGCAGUUGCAAGCCUGUCAUUAAUCGGGCGUUUGCAUGAAAUCGAUUUGGAAAAAGCAACAAAUUUUGUUGCGUCUUGUAUGAAUUUUGAUGGAGGAUUUGGAUCAAGGCCUGGCUCUGAAAGCCACGCUGGUCUUAUUUACUGCUGUGUUGGAUACUUUUCAGUUGUUGGGCGCCUCGACUUGGUGGACGCAGACACCCUUGGCUGGUGGCUGUGUGAACGACAACUCCCGUCAGGUGGAUUGAAUGGUAGGCCAGAAAAACUGCCGGACGUUUGUUACUCUUGGUGGGUCUUGGCGUCGCUGUGCAUGCUUGGCCGCUUGCAUUGGGUUGACAAAGAGAAACUGUGCACCUUCAUUUCUGCGUGCCAAGACAGUGAAGGAGGUUUUGCUGACCGGCCAGGCAACAUGCCCGAUCCGUUCCACACUUUGUUUGGACUGGCAGCAUUGUCUCUGUUAGGCGAGCCGACCCUCGAAGUUGUUGACCCCACCUUCUGCAUGCCCAGAAAGGUCAUAGACAGACUGGGUCUGAACCCUCAAAGACUGACUGUUUCGUGAAAUGAAAAAUAUAAAAAUUUUGGUGGCAUGAAUGCUUUUGCCUGCUUGAACCACUAAAAUAAAUUUGCCAUAUAAAUAUAAUGGCAAUUUGAAAUAAAUGAAAAUUAAUUUAAACAUAAACCAAGGAUUUCAGAAUAGAAAAAAAUACUGAAUCUGUAUAAUUACCAAAUUUUUAGUUUUAAAAUUUCAUUGAAUAUAUGGAAUAUAUAAUGAAAAAUAAAUGUAUGAAAUAAGGUGUU